AUUCACAGGAGACCUCUCACCUUCUCCCUCCACCCCUCUUUCCCUCUAUAAAUCAGAUCCUUCAGGGAUAACCGAGCUUCAAAUUUCAGAGCCUUUUCUUCCCUUUCUUCUUCCUCUGGUAGUUCCAUCAGAGUUUGGGAAUGGCUGGUGACCAGUCAAUGAAGUUAGCCCUUCUCCUCUAUUGCUCCCUCCUUGUCCUCCACUUCUCCACCACUUCUGUUCACGCCCUCAAUAUCGGAAUCCAGGCCACGAAUACGGCUAUCACUGUGUCCAAAGAAUGCAGUAGAAAGUGUGAAUCAGAGUUCUGUGCAGUGCCUCCAUUUCUAAGAUAUGGGAAGUACUGUGGGCUUCUAUACAGUGGAUGUCCAGGGGAGAAGCCUUGUGAUGGCCUUGACGCUUGUUGUAUGAAGCAUGAUGCCUGCAUUCAAGCUAAGAACAAUGACUAUCUCAGCCAACAGUGCAGCCAAGAGUUCAUCAACUGCAUGACCCACUUCAGGGACUCAAGAGGGCGUACAUUCAAAGGAAACAAGUGCUCAGUGGAUGAGGUGGUGGAUGUGCUCACUCUUGUCAUGGAUGCUGCUUUGCUGGCUGGAAGAGUUUUUCACAAGCCUUGACAAAAGUCUUCAAUUGUAGAUAGCCAAAAGUGACUCCAGGACAGACAGAAUUCAAUGACUUUCUGUUUGUGUCUUUUAUAACUUUUGGUUGAUGGAAUUAGAGGAGGAUUUCUUCAUUUCUUGUUUCCUUGUCACUUUCUAUUCUGAUUCAAUGAAGACAAUAUGAAUCCAGAUGAAUUAAUGGGCCAUAAUUAUAUGAAUUUGUUUUUUAUCAA